ACUUGAAUAGAAUGACUUAGACAAACAUAUUAUCGUAAGCAUAAAAGUAUAUGUAUAUGAUUUUAUUCAAUGUUUUCGUUCAAUAACUUCAUCUAAUAGAAACACGUUUGGCGAAAACUUGUUGUUGAAGAGUGGCAACGAUCCUUGGCUUCGACUGAUACGAAGAAACAAUAUUUAAGACUCUUGUCUUGUUAGUAUUUGCCAAGUUGCGGUGAAGGACAUAUCUUGUUCAAAUAUAGGUAUCACACUUUUUCAAGAAAGAUGAGGAUUUUUGUUCCAGGGAGAGUUGUGUUCAGUUAUUUACUGCUGGAAAUUUCAAUGGGCGAGAAAAUUGUCUUAAAGGAUGCAACAUUUGAAUUUUGGAUGAAAACGUCUUUAAUAUUCGAUGGAAUCGGUGAACUUUUUUUCAAAGAGAAUGGCAAAGCUAAAACUUGUGCAGAUGGAGGAAAAACAGAAACGUGGUUGUUGACAGAAACUUUGAAAAUUAAUCAAACAUUAGAUGAUGUUAAAAUGUUCAUCGAAAUUGACUCAAAAAUGGCGAAUUGCGAUAACGAAGAUGGAAUUUGUUUCCGAGACGGUUUUGAAAUAUUUACCUACAAUGGAAAUGGUGAGCCAGUGAUCCCUUUUCCUUCUAAUCAAGAAUCAGAGGAGAAAGAAAAUAAUAGCAUUUACUUCAAUAACAAUUUCAACUUUUUGGGCAACAUCACUGGCAACGAAACAUCAAAAGAACGGUUCAUCAAAAUGUUUACAAUACAAGUGAAAAAAUUUAACGACAUAACAUUUGGCAUUAAGUCUACAGGAGCUUGUGGCACUUUGUUUCGUAUGAAGAUUUUCUACUACGUUUGCCAGCAGAAAUAUAAAAACAGUAUUCUGCUAACGAGAACGUUAUCACCUCCAAAUGGGACAAAGGUCAUUUAUGGUAGUUGUUCAACUAAUUCAGAGAAAUUGACAAAAACGAGCGGUCUUAGAGCUUACUGUCACAGCAAUGGAACAUGGUUUCUAGAAAAAAAUGCAUCUUGUUUCUGUCGUAAAGGAUAUGAGCCAACAAAGGAAGGCUGCCAAGCUUGCAAGAUUGAUCAUUACAAAGAAAAUGUCACCAACAACAAGUGUAUAAAAUGCCCUCUGUACACGUCAAGUGGAGAGCAAAAAACAACAUGUUCGUGUAAAGAGGGAUACUAUGAACUUAAGCAAGAUGAAAGAAACAAAAAAAUAUCAAGAUGUUAUGCUCCAGUAGAGAUUACAUCUCAACCAAAGAUCAUGGCAGUAAAUGGUGAAUUAAACAUGGUGAACGUUAGUUGGAUCGCUCCCGUUAACGUAAGCUUCAAUGGUGAAAAUCUUGUUUAUGACGUCGAAUGCUACGUUUGCAACAAAACCUGUCACUGUCCAAAACUGAAGUACGAUCCAGGACAGAAAAAUAUCAAAAACACAUUCGUUAUUGUGUCUGGAUUAGUGACUGGAAACAUUUAUCAAUUCAAGAUCUCUCCUAGAGAUAUCCUAAGCUCGGUCAUUCCAAAACAAUUCAAUAAAUUCAUCCUAAGUGAAAUUUACACCGCAAAAAACAAUAAUGAUGAACCAAUGCCCCAAUCAAGCAGCAAUUCAAACAAAUACUUGAUAAUAAUUGUCAGUGUUGGUUGUUUGUUUCUCAUCCUGAUUGUUGUCAUUUUCUUCAUUUUUAUUCGAAGGAGAAAACAAAAAAGUGACCUAUUUCAGGCACUUCUAAGAAAUGGAGUGGAGUUGCCAACAACUGGAAAAAAGAUGUACGUGGAUCCGAGCAACUACGACAAACCGGAAGAUGCGAUCGUUGAGUUUGCAACAGAGAUUGACGCAUCACUUUUGUAUUUGGAGAUGCUAAUUGGUAAAGGAGAGUUCGGUGAAGUAUACAAGGGGUCCAUGACUGGUGCUCUUGGAAAAAAGCAUCCAGUGGCAGUCAAGACACUGAAGAUACGACGCCAAAAGCGAGAGGAUUUUCUUUUAGAGGCUUCAGUGAUGGGACAAUUUGAUUGCCCAAACGUCCUUAAAUUGAAGGGCGUCGUGACAAAAUAUAGACCUUGGAUGAUAGUGAUGGAGUUCAUGUCUAACGGCUCUUUGGACAACUUUUUAAAGGCCAACGAUGGUAGAUUAUCACAUCUUGAGUUGAUUAGUAUGGCCAAAGGAGUGACAGUUGGAAUGAAGUAUCUGGCUGAAAUGAAUUUCGUUCAUAGGGAUCUAGCUGCACGUAAUGUACUGAUUGAUGGAAAUCUGGUCUGUAAAGUCUCCGAUUUUGGUUUGUCACGUGAGCUCGAGGAAAAAGAAUCAUCACGUGGAGAAUAUGCCACGACCGGGGGAAAAAUACCCAUACGAUGGACAGCCCCGGAGGCAACAAAGUAUCGUAAAUUUUCCUCUGCCAGCGAUGUGUGGAGUUUUGGUAUUUUAUUAUGGGAGAUCAUGUCGUUUGCUGAGAGACCAUAUUGGGAAUGGGAUAAUUUCAAGGUUAUGGAAGAGAUAGACAAUGGUUUUAGACUUCCCGCUCCUCUGAAUUGUCCAAAGGGUGUUCAUGACUUGAUGAUGAAAUGUUGGAAGACAGAGCGAAUAGAGCGACCUAACUUCACUGAAAUAAACAAAAUUUUGGAUGGAUGGAUUGAAAAACCGAAAACAAUGGAAGGUGAUAUUGACCUGUCGUAUGCGCUGCGCAGUUGGCUGGAAUCCAUAAAAAUGGCUGAAUACACUGAGUAUUUUGUAGCAGCAGGUUACCAAAGACCUCGUGAGUUGCAUUCAAUCAAGGAGGGUGAUCUUAAGGAGUGGGGUAUAACCUUAGUUGGACAUCGCAAUAAGAUAAUGAAAGGCAUCAAGAAUUUGCAGGCAAAGAAAAACGGAGGAAAGCCACCAUUCAAAAAGCAGAUAUCUUUAGAAGUAUAAAACUGUAGUUAAUGAUUGCAUAUAGAUCGCUUCAUGCAUGGUGCUGUUGAUGCUGCCCAAUGGCAUUUCUAAAUUAAACGUGUAUACAUGCAAGAACGUACGUUCGUCCAAGACAUCCAUUAUUCAUCACAAUACAAGUAGACUAGCGUACACAAAGCCGUAGCCGAUAAGCAAGUUGUACGAGAUUUAGCAUUAGAUAUAAGAUCAUACGUAAGCAUUUUUAUUUCAUAGUCUAAGUUCGUUUUAAUGACGUUAAUAAAAAGUUGUAUAAAAUUAUUCAGAAAUAAAAUAUGGCUACAAA